CAAUAAAUUGCAUCUUUUUCCUACUUCUACCACAAAUUACUUAAUAGUAAAAGCAUUAUUGAAACACAUCAAAGAGAUAGCAGUGUACCUCUUCUGUUUUGAAGCUAAGUAGCACUACAAAAUUGAGCUUCCCGUCUCUUUUUAAUAAAAGCUAGAAAUACAAAGCUCCUAAAUGGAGAAGUGUAAUCAAGCAAUCCUGAGCCUUCUCUUCUUUCUAAACAAGAAGACUUUUAAAUACUUGUCAUGGUUUUUUUUUUUGUCAUGAAUCUUAAUAAAUUUUGUACGUUUUAUAUGCAGAAUUUCUUGCAGCUAACUUUCCAAACUAUGAUUUGAGUGAAUAUGGAAAAGACUGGAAAACCUGUAUCACACAUGUCAAUGCUAUGAUCCGCUGUUUGCACUCUGAAACAAAAAUAAACCAAGAGAUAGCUAAUGGAAAAGAGAAACUGGCUGACAGUCCAGAUACAUCUCUUUGUGUAGAUUUAAACUGCAAUGAAGACAGUAAAGGGAGUUCUCAAAAUUCUCACAAGAUGACCAUUUCUACAAGUGACAGUCUGCAAAAUUCAGGAUGGGAUAAGUUCCCAGAAUCUUUCCAUACACCUUCAGUCAAGAAACUGCAGUCUCUGGAACCCAUGGAACUCCUUGGAAGUGCGUGGCGCAAUGUUCAGUUGCCUGUCUCAGUCAUUUAUGUAGCAAAGGGGAAGUCUCGGCCAGAGCUGUCAGCUCGCUACCUCAUUCGUCAUCUGUUCACAGAAGAUGUUCUGGUGAAAAGCAAUGUCUAUGGUAAUAUUGAACGUGGUAUGAGUCCGUUGGACUGCAACAGAAUUAAUGCUCUCAGAGACUUUCUUCAAGAGAAUUACCCAUCCUUUGAUCUAAGGGAAACUGGAUAUGAUUGGAAGGCAUGUGUGGCUGCCAUAAACAGUACAAUCCGCAGUCUCAGACAUGACCACAAAAAGGCUACAGCUGGAAUCCUUUAAGGUGUCCUCCAACCUUAGGCAUUCUAAGAAUAUACCUAUGAUCAAGGCAGCAGAAGUAGGUAGAAGUGUCGAGAGGGAAAAAAGGACCUCCAUGAAGGACGAUUAAUAGUCAGCUAAACUAUUCCACUGUGUACGAGGAGGUAAAUUAGCUUCAUUCUGAUUUAGCGCUACAAGAGCAAGAAAAAAAUAUCCAGAACAAACAGCCCAAGGUUUAUGUUUUAUCAUGAUGAAAACUGAUGACAGUACUUCUUUGGGGGCAUAGUCAGCUGCACAGUGGCAUAUGUCUAAUCAGGUCUGAUGUCCACAAGGUGCAAAUUCACUGCAACUUUCAUCUAGACGUCUAGAGGAUUUGGACCCUGGUUCAGAUUUAAGAAAGAAUAAUUUCCAUUAUCUUCUAGUGCUUGAACCUCUAGUUAACACUGUAAGGACAUGUGCUGCAUACUGUUCUUAUGCAGUCAGAGAUGACCAGCAUCAGUGGUACUCUUUAUCAAGCUCCCAGCCAUAGCUUUUAAUGUUCAGGACUGUGGCUGCUGGUCCACAGGGCUAGACAUAUUUGCUUUGCUGUCCAGUUACGCUGCUGUUCUGAAGGCUUUUUGUCCUGUUGUUGUAAACUUAAAUUGUGAAAGAUGUGCAGUGAUUAUUCCUGCCCUUGCUUGCUCUUCGGCAGAGCACUGAGAUUUAUUAGUGAACUGAAAAAAUAAGAUCUCAUUUUGAAAAUUAUUAGGAUAUGGGAACCUGAAAAAUACAUAUAUAGAAAUAAAUGGCUUCAUAUAUAUUAAAUUUCAUAUGUGGUAGUUUAACAUAAGCUGGCUGCCAGGUAAUCUCCAAGCUGCUCUUUCACUCCCCAUACUUAACAGGACUGGGAGAGAAAAUAAAAUGAAUAGUCAAAAUACAGACGGGGAGAUCACUCAACAGUAACCAUCAUAAACAAAGGAGACUUGAUUUGGUGAAGAUUCCUUAUUUAUUGGUGAUUCAAAACAAGAGUAGAAAAGUGAGAAAUCAAGACAAAACCAAAACCAUAUUUCUCCUCCACUCUUAUCCCUUUUUCCUAGGUUUAACUUUAGUCUUGAUUCUCCCACCUCUCCUUGAAUGGCGCAGAGAAAUGGGGGCUGUGAUCAGUCCCUAACACUUUGUCUCUUCCUUUCCUUAGUGGUCACUCUCUGCUCCUGCUCCAGUUUAGGGUCCCUUGCAUAGGUAUGCUGUGCUUCAUGGAUGCUCCAGAGUGGGUCCCCUGUAGGCUGUAGCCUCCAUCAGGCCAUAUCCAGCUGCUCCACCAUGGGCCUCUCCAGGGAUUACAGGGAAUUUACGCUCCACACCUGGAGCACCUGCCAUCCUCCUGCACUGACCUUGGUGUCUGCAGGGCUGCUUCUCACAUUUUCUAACUCCUUUCUCAUGGCAGCAACACAAGAUUCUUCACUCUUUCUUAAAUAUGUUAUCACAGACUUAGCACUGGCCAGUGAUGGGUCCCUUUUGGAGAUGAUUGGAACUGGCCAUGUGUGACAUGGUCAUCUCCUUCUGUCUUUUCACAAAAGCCACACCUGCAGCCACUCCGCUACCAAAACUUUGUCUCAGAAAUCCUAUACAAUGCCUCUUGCUUUCCUUUCCAGUACUGGCUAAUUGGUACAUGUGUUUGCCUUUCCAGUUGUAUUAUCUCUGAGCUUAACCUCAAGCAUCCAGCUUUUUCAUAGAAAAUAGCUCCUCAGAAAGCUGACACAAGGAACCAGAUUCACUUCUAAUGGUUGGAGCAACUUUGGCUUAAGCUGCAUAUGUGACAGAACAAGAUUUAGCUAAAUCCAUCCCCUUUGAGCCAAAGGUUCCAUGGUUUGGUGUUGUGCUUUUUUGUUUCUUUCUGUUUUUAGCUAUAGGAUAAAAUUAGCGAAGAUACUGGUACAUGCUUUGACUUCUAUUCGUAACAAAAGGGCAGUUUAUUAUACACAGCAUAUAAUCAGUUUUCUUAUUGUAAGUUAGAAUACGCAAUGGCCUUAUCAAAUAGGAAAUUACUAAGUUUCCCUAACAAGCUCCUUGCUGACAUCUUCUGUAGGAUUUAAGAAAUAGGCUAAAUUGGUAUAUAUGUAUUUUUUCAAAUAGAGAUAACGUACUGGUGUUGGUUGGUGACACAAGAACAUUUGUUCUUCUGGGUUACUUCUGACAUUCACCUGUUACUGUUCUAUACAAUGUUAUUUGCAAAUGCAAAGAACUUUAUAUUGUGUGUAGAUCUUAUUAGU